AUGAAGUUACAAAUAUUACAUGUGUGAACUGAAAUUUUUUAUAAUAUAAAUUUAUAUGAAUUUAAAUAGUGUAUAAUCUGUCUAAUGCCAGACUAUUUUGCUGGUCAUUUGUCAGUGGUAAAAUACUACCAGUAAAUUGGUUAACCCAUUAACCACCAGUACUCUACCACUGAGGAGUAAAAUCGUCUGGCAUUAAACAGAGUAAAUGCUAAAGUAGGUCGCAUUUGGGUAGAUAAUUUGCCCGUUAACAGGUUAAUGUAUUUUAUUCUUGUAGAAAGGAAAAAAACAAGACUGGAAUAAGGAUGAGCUGAAGGGUUUGGUGAGAUAUGUUGCACUGUACGAAUCUUCUGAUUGUUGGCCCACACACAAACGUGUUGCUUUCUGGGAUGAUUGUGCAAAGGAUAUUGCAGAAUCUAGUGGAAUGCAAUUAAGAACAGGUUGGUUUUAUUUUUUGACAAGAUAUAUAAUUUAUAAGAUACUGUGUCAUAUAAUGCACUAGUCAAUCCAGGAAUGUUUUCUCAGGGGGGUGGUACCAAUCAGUGCAUAGAAGUUUCUUUGAUUAAUAUAAACCUACAAGUCUUUGAGAUCUCAACAGUGUAUCCAGCAUAUCGUCCAAAUAGAUUGUAAGGAUUCUGCCCAGGACCAUGUGGACUAGAUGACAGUAUGAAUUACAUGACCUUUCUAACAAAUUACAUUGCUUUCUUACAAGGUUUAUUUUUAUUCUUUCUUUAAUUUAGGAGGUGCAUGUAGAUUGAAAGUAAUUGACCACCUUAAAAAGAAAUUCAAGACCGUCAAUGAUGCUGAAGAGGCAUAUGACAUUGAUUAUGUUAAUGAGAUGGAAAAGGCCAGAAAUGAUUCUGCUGAGUUUGAACAUGAAGAACUUCGCGGAGACCUUAUGACUUUGAUUGUGCAAAAUCUUGGCAAAAUGUCAUCAAUUCAACGUAUACAACUUGCAACAUUUAUUUAUUCCUUUAUUGCCGAAAAUGAUUUUAGUGAAGAUCUGAAGCAUUUCAUUCCUUCCAAUUUUAUUGAACUGUCUCUGCUAGCUAUGGAUCACUUGAAAUGGAACAAUAAGGAUGAUAUUGUUUUUAACUUGUGCAAAUCACUUGGAAUUAUGUGCGAAGAUGGAUCCUCAGCACGUCUGAAUGUAAACCAAAUGCCAUUUGGGUUACUUGAUUUCAACUGCAAAUUUUUUGCAUCUGAUGAUGGCAAUAAUCUGAGAGCCUCCAAGGAUUACAAGACUUGGAUGGAGACAAUGUAUGCUAAUUUUGGAAAUUCUUGGGCUCGUCUUCAUCUUGGACCUAUGUGGUCUUAUGUUGAUCAAGUGGAUGAGAAAGAGAAUAUAGAAGUGGAGAAUAAAGAGAAUGUAGAAAAGAGCAAAGGAAAGAAUCAAGAAGCACCCAAGAAUAAUAUUAUUGAAGAAGCCUUGUCAUAUGUGCCCUUGGAGGACUUAGUAUACCUGAUGUAUUGCCAAUUGAUUCUGAAACAAACCAGAAUCAUCAACAGGUCCUGGAAGAUUCUAGUGUACUUUCACCAGGAAGUUCCAUUCGCCCAUCAACUCUUUGGAGUUCUUUCAGCGAAAGUGAAAAAGAAGAGCUAGCAGGUGCUGAAGCAUCCCCAAAAGAGAUUGAGACAAUGCACAACAUCCAGUCAAGGCCAAAGAAAAAUCAGAAGAAGGACAGGAAGACCAUGGAUGUGAGUUCUAAAUGGUUGUUGUGACUUAUUGCUUUAAAGUGUUUGUGUAUGUUUAUCUCUUAGGCUAAAUUUUACCACUACAGUAGUGCAUGUUAUGUCAACAAGUGGUAAAAUAUAACCUUCAGAUAAAACCACCAUCUAUGUGUACUUUGUAUCAUUGAAAGCUGUAUAGAAAAAGUAGGCUCGGCCGGAGCCGGAGGUCGCUGACUUGUCAAAGUUACAAAAAAUAUGGCAAUUUUGUUCAAAUAGACAUGUUUCGACUAAGUAUUGGUCACAAAUAAUGACCACAUAACCAUCGAACAAAGUUGAACCAAAUGAUACCCAGCUACUGAAAACUAUGUUUCAAGUUGUUAACAAAGGGGCCAUCCACAAAGGAUGUCCGGCCAAAUGAUGAAUUUUCAGCCCCCCCCCUUCCCCCUUGUCUGCCAUUGUCCGAAUUAGUGACUCCCCCUGGACAUCCGCCAUGCCUCGCAAAACUCACACAACCUUGUAUAUGUUAAGAGUAACAAACUUUUUUACUUUUAGAACUUUUUUAUAACUAUAAAUGUGAAUACAAAAACAUAUAAAUUAUUAAUUAAAACCAACAACUGUGUUACUGCAACAUCGGGAUGAAUUUAUUGUAUAGAAAAGGAGAGUUAUACAUGCAGAAAGCUUUUAUUUGACGCCACUGUUGAAUUCAUCAUUGAAGGAAAGAAUUACAUAAUAUUAUGAAGUGUCCAAAAUGCCAAUUUUACAAUGGGAAGGAGAGUUCAACAUAGAGGAAAAAGAAAUUUGUUUUUGAAUGUUUUUAAAUUUCAGACAUCCGGAUUGCUAAAAAAAACCCUCCCCCCUAUGUCGGAGUUUGUCCUGAUUUUCCAAACCCUCCUCCCCACCCUCUGGUUGGACAUCCUUUGUGAAUGGCCCCAAACAGGCCAGAACUGGAGUUCAGAUCUGUAAAACAGCUUGGGGCCGUAGCUGGAAAGUGGAGUUUUCAAAUUAGGCAUUUGUUUGAAAAAAUAUAUUUAGGUACUCAACUUAAUAAACUAAAAAACUGAGUAAUUGUUUGCUUGUAGUACUCCAGGUUUUAGACUAAUGUUUUGUUGUAACUUUUCUAACAGGCAAAAGUCAAUGUUGCAGGACCUAGCGAUCGGACAAUUCGACGGGAUAUAGCUAACAGUGGGUUUUUCUGUGGUACAGAAAUCCAGGUAAUUAUAUAUGGCCAUUUAUGACUAGAAUUUUAGAGCAAAUACAUGACAUGAGUCAAGUCUAUUCUUUGCAUAAUUUAUGGUGAUUUACGAUGAUUCAAUAGAAAGUAAUUUGAUUGGUUGGAAUAUUUAAUUAGCCAAUUACAACUUACUAAGCUUGAUGAUUUCCAUAGCAAAUCGAAAUCGAUAGUGAUGACUUUACUCUGUCUAACACAUUAUAAGAUGAUCGUUCUGGAAACUGUUGGGCAUUUAUGGGUGAAAGAAAGAAAGCUAAAAUAACCAGACACAGUGCUAACAUGCAGUGCUCUGUUAAGAUUUCAGUAAACAAACUAACAAACAAUUAAACAAACUCUGACAGAAUAUAAUAUUGUGCAAAGGUACCAAAAUUUCCACUUUUAUUUAUAGUUUAAUUUAUUUUUUCCUAUACAUUAUUACAGGUGAAAGCAUUAAAAAAAGCCAAGGAAUCGAACCCAACUGGUCGUUGGUUUAUAAAGGCUGAUGCAACAGACAUGAAAGAAGGACUACACGAGUCAGUAAAGGGUAAAUGGACAGGUGACUGUGACUUGGGUGAUGGAAAUCUACAACGAGAACAGGAACAAUAUGAUAAACGCAUUAAGUGGAUAAAUGGUCUUGCACUGAAAACUCGAAUGGAAUGUGAAACAAUCAUGAAUGAUCUUAAAGAACUGUUAAGACAACUACGUGAAGAUCGAUCAUUCCUUUUAGAAGGCAUGAAGACGUCGAAAAAGGAUUAUGAUGCAAAACGGAAACAAAAUACUGUUGCAGAACAAACAAUGUUUGCAUUGGCAUGGGCUGUAGAUGGUUUUGAGAAGCUACUCGAAAUGAACGAGAAACUUGCUAAUGAUGCCAAUACAUUAUUAAGCAUGUAUGUGAAUUCUGUUACAGAAGUCAACAGACCGAAGAGACUCUCUGAAUUAAGGAAAGACCUUCUCAAUUAUGUCAAAGGACUGACAUCAAAGAAGAGAGAGGCUGCAUCUCAUUUGAUGGUUUUUAUGGUCGGUGAUGAGCUACGUUGCAGAAAACCAUACGCUAUUCCUGUCAGAGCGCUUCCCUAUAAAAGCAUAACAGAUAAUGGUUUACGAAAACUUAGAGAUGAAAUCAGAACAGCCAUGAAUAACAUUGAAAUGGUGUCUGUUGGUAAGUUACUUCAUCCUGGAAUUUAAAUGUUAAUAAUUGGCCAGUGUAUGUACAGUCUAGAAAAUGAUUGGAUGUAUUAAUCUCAUAUCCCAUUGCCCAUGUGUUAAUUGAAGACAGCCAUAAAAAAGAAUUUAUUCUCAAAAAAAUUCAAAUCACUUGAAAACAUUUACUUAAAUACAUUAAUAUUAUUUCUCACACACUGCUGGGACCUGCUACAGCAUUGCUGCAAGCUUGACAUUUACUUAACACAUCAAAUUUUACAACAAUCUUUUUCACUCUAGAUUACAUCGACACAAUUAUAUAUUUAUAGUUCUGUCUGCUCCAAGAGAGGAACAACAAAAACAUGCUCCUAUAACCUGCACCGCCCACUUCGUGUGUGAGAAAACAUUUUCUGCCUCUUUCGCUCAUCAGCCGGCCAAAAAAUAACACUUCUUAUGUUACAGUAAUUCUAUUUUCGUAGGAUUUUCAAGUGAUGGUGAGUUUAACUCCCUGAGGACGAUGGGAAGCAAGAGACCGAUAUCUGUAAUUCAGCUAAUUAUGAAUGCAAAAGUCAAGGCACGGUCAACAAGAAUAAAUGAAAUAGAGAAAUAUUUGAAGCCUGUAAAAGGUUAGAUAUUUAUAUCUAACUUCAAUAGUUUCAAAUUCAAUUAGUUAACAGGACAUCUAUAAUAUUUUUACGAGUGUGCAGUGUACACUUUUACAUAUUGUUCCCGAAGAAUAAUCAUGAUCACUUCAUUCUCUCACAUUUUAUAAAGCAGACAUUGCUCGUUAACCAUGCAACUCCCUGGUUUAUCGUAACAUAUGUAUGCUUUGUGCAUGUGGAUUGCCACUCACAUUUUUACCAUAUUUCAAUAUGUCUUUUAAUGUGACCCUUAAUUACUUACUUGUGACCCUUAAUUACUCGCUUUUAGAAAGUACCCAAUACUGAUCAGUGUAUGUACAGUAUGUCCCUUUACAAGUUGUGACUUUUCUAUAAAUAAUUCCAACCUAUUAACUUGAUAUUACAGGGAAUGAUGGUGAUAUUAGAGCACUUAAAUUCCAUGUUGCUGUACCAUUGGAGGACAUUAUUUUCUUAUAUGAUCUCAUGAAUAACUCAGAAGUUAAAACGACUUUCCACCAAGCUCUUCUACUACUGAGAAGAAAACAGUUUCCAUUCUCAUAUGAUCCUCACCCUUGGACCACAGGUAUUUUUUAAUGUUCACUCUCCACAGCAUACAUGUAUGUUUAUUUAGUGUGUGCACGUCCUCCCUCCUUCUCUGCCCCCCCCCCCCACUACUGUAUCAAAUGAUCUUGUAAUGCAUGUUUGCCAUUUGUCUUACUUGAUGUAUUAAUAUAUUAAGGGAAAGACGAAACUACAAGUGACUGUUUGAAAUCGUUGAUGGCAUUCUAUUUCUAUCGUUAUGAAGUUCUGGAAUACACCAAAAAUGGUGUAAAUUUUAAGGAACACUUGUAUGUUCCAGAAGUUGAUGAGAUAACGGGAGAGCAGUUCCAUGAAAGAGAGGACCAUAAUCAUGUCCUCAAAAGGAUCACAGCAUGCACCCGAGCUGGAUCUAUUCCGGAUGUUGAUCUCAGAGCAUUUGUCGCAUGCUUAAAUGCACCCAACACUGGUCUAACAUAUAGUGCAUUGACUGGCCAGCAUAAACAGUCGGUGCCUGAUUGUGAAAGAAUGUUCUCACGUGGUGUUUUGGAAUUUAUGCAGGAGAAUGGUUACAAAAAUGAAGCAAAGUUCGUGAAAUUGGUACGGAAUUGGCACAAAGCUAGUGAUGGGCGCGGCUUGAGUGAAGAGACAAGAUGUAAUUACAACAAAGAUAUGCUAAAUUAUAUUCUUGAAGACUGGAUGCCAUGGCACAAGGAUGGCAAAGAUUACUCAGUGAUGGAUGUCAAUAGGUAUGAUACUGUAGUGUCUAUACUGUAAAAUAUGACCAGGAGUUCUAUGUCAUCUUACGUUAUACUAUAUAAAGACACAUAUUAUGCCUUUAGCUUUAUUUUAAGCAGUUAUUUUAAAACCCUACCUUCCUGCAUAUUGUAUUUGGCCCUGUUUGACAAGAUUGUAUUUUAUGUUGAUAAUUACUUGUAUAAUAUGAUUCUAAAAUUUAGGCCAAUCAAAGGAAUCAAAGGAUUAACAAGAGAGAUAAUUGUGGCAUUAACAGCAAAUAUAGAGAGUCAAGAAAUAAGAAGGUUGGAGUAUAAGACACGCUCGCUCCCCCCCGAGCAUCCAAGAGCCUCGUCAACAGAUGUCCUCGAAGGGUUUUUUUCUAUUUUACAUCACCUGCUUGGUCCAACCUUUGACCACAAGUCAUUCGUGGAGAAUUACCGCAAAAUCGAACAGGAAUUUGUGAAGAGAAUCAAUCCAGAACUGGGAUUCUUUUACUGGACUGGGGUGAAUGAAAGGUACAAUACGGGCCCAUUGGAAUCUUUCAAUGAACAUAAAGAAGAAGUUGAACACCUCGACCAAAUCCGGCUUUCCCGCAGAGCAGACCCAGGGGUUUUUGCAGCAAACAGAGCCUCAAUUCCACAGAAAGGUAAAUUGUCUGUGCGAGCACAAUUUCACGUUGCCCCGGAAGUACUACCUCCACGAUUACUGGAUAUCAAUAUUACUGAGACGGAUGGCAGAAGCGGUUUAUAGCAUUGAUGCAUCUUUAUGAGUUAAGCCUGUUACUACAGGACAAGAACAAUGGGAUUUACUCUAGUUUUCAUCCCUCACUUUCAUCCAUCAGGGGCCGGUUGUAUAAAAAAGUGAUUAAAGUUAACUAUGGUUAAGUGGAAACGUCAUCCAAUAAGAAGCGCCUAUUUGAGAGUUAAUCACUAUUUAACUACAAAAUAGUGAUUAAAAAUGUGAUUAAGAGUUUUAUACAACCAGCCCUAGGCAUUAAUUACUACUAUUAAACUUCCCUAACUUUCCAUCCACGUCAAAGUGGUAAACAAGUUAAACUAACAUAAACGACCCAAUAAGUUUAAAAUAAGUUUUUGAUUUAGCGCAUUUAAUAGCUAGCAAUGUGCACUACUUUAGUGUGCACAGUGAUUGUGUUAUUGCUGGUUAACAAUGCAAUAGCCUGCGAACAGGCUCUCAAGCUGAAUUGAGAGCCUGCAUCGAUGACUAAUGAAUUUGAAUAUCUGCCCCGUAACGUUCGCUUUUCCAAAUAUGGAAUGUCUAUCCUUAUAUGGUGUUGUUUACAACUUUCGUGCAAACUAAAUUUAGACCAUGCAAACUAAAUUUAGACCGUACAGUUUAUACUGUUUUUCGAAAUAUAAGAUAUUGAAGCAAAAGUUUAAAUGUUUUAAAUACUGUUUUCUCAAAACAGAACAUUUCGUGCUUUGAGAUAAGAUGGCCAAGACCAAUUUGAUCAGUUAAUGUGUUUUUUAUGCAUAGUAAGCAGUUGACUUAUAUAGAGCUCAGCGGAAUAAUAUAAAUUAUAGCAUCUGACCAAUGAGAAUUUCGCGUCACGAUUUGAGACGCAGAUAUUCAAAUUCAUUAGUCAUCGAUGCAGGCUCUCAAUUCAGCUUGAGAGCCUGUUCGCAGGCUAACAAUGCAAAUGUUCUGUUACUGUACAUGUUGCAAAAUUACAAUUAUCCAG